GGCCGCCGAGAGAGGCUCGGGGGCGGCCCUGGGGUCCAGCGAGCGGGACGCGGUGCAGCGGGCCGGGCCGUGAGAGGCGACGGCGGAAGGGGCCCGGUGCCCGGGUUAACAGGGGUCUGGGGGCGUGUCUGGCCUGGGCCGUCCGGUCACUGGGGACCCCGACCCCGGAAACGGGCGCUCGGAGUGCCGCCGGCCCCAGGCCGGGGGCUGCAGCAUCUCCCGGUCCCAACCUGCCACCGCGCCCCCCCACCCCCGGUAUUGACCGGUGCCCAUUGUCAGCAAGUUAUCCGCCCCCCGCCUCUUUCAGGUGAGAAAACCAUGAGUCCAGUGAGGUUACGUGGCCAGCCCAGGUUCAUACAAGUUUAGUGAAUGGAAACAGGCUGUAAUCCCGUGGAGCUGAGCAGCAUGUCAGGGUUUGAAGAAGAUGCAGAGCUUAAUGGUUUUGAAGAAGCUGAUAUGAAAGACAUGAAGCUAGAAGCCGAAGCAGUUGUAAAUGAUGUUCUCUUUGCUGUUAACAACAUGUUUGUCUCAAAAAACCUGCGCUGUGCUGAUGAUGUGGCCUAUAUCAAUGUGGAAACAAGAGAGAGGAACAGAUACUGCCUGGAGCUCACUGAAGCAGGGCUAAGGGUGGUAGGUUAUGCUUUUGACCAAGUGGAUGAUCACUUGCGCUUCCCCUAUCAUGAAACCGUCUACUCGCUGCUGGACACGCUCAGCCCUGCCUACCGGGAAGCGUUUGGAAACGCGCUUCUGCAAAGACUGGAAGCUCUGAAGAGGGAUGGACAGUCGUGACGACGCUUUCUCCUUCUGGAGGGGCUGCUGCUGGUACAAAAGGUUGACAUAAAGCUUGAAAUGCUUGCAUGUGUCAGAGUAGAAAAUGCAUCUUUAGUUUUAUGUCCAUUUCUUGCUUCAAGUUUAGGCUUCUGACUCAGAUAUUACUGACUAAUGAAUUGUCUUUCUUCGUUUCCGAUUCAUGAAGGGAAUCCUGAGGCCAUUGCUGUGACCCCGUUAUCAAGACAUUCAGAUUUCUUUGUAUAGUAUCUCUGCGUUUCAAAGCCUAAUCAGUAUUUCAUUCUGUUAUUACAGGACUUUGAUGCUGCCAGCACGCUCUCUUAUAUAGGAGAUUCUAGAUUUGCACAGUAAUAUACAGGAAUUAAAAUGACCUAACUUCAAACUUGGAUUCAGCUUGCUAAAUCAGGGGUUUACUACUAGCUUGGACUGACUUUGUAGUAAUUAUUUUGCUACUAGCCUUACUGGAAACAAACUAUCAACUAGUUUCCCCUGCACAAAUUUUGAAAUUCACUGCUUCACUUAAUCUAUUUAUAUUACUAAUAUGGACUGAUAAAGAUGAAUUAAUUAUAUAUAUAUAUAUAUUACUUAGCUAGUAUUAAAUGGAAAACAGGUACUGAAAUAAUAGUUCUGUAUUCCUUGUUUGCGACAGCCAGCCAACUAAGAGGACAAACCGUUAGCAAAUGAAUGUAAUAAUUACUUGUUUCCAAGAUAUUGAAGCACAUAAGCAAAUAUAGGAACAGGCUCCACUUUUCUUAACAAAAAGCAUCUUCAGUGUAUGUGUGUGUGAUUUACAAGGAAGAAGAUUCUGAUUUCCUAGAAAACAAUAUUUUGGCCUGUGUUGAUUCUUAUUAUGAAUGUUUAUUUACAUAAUGUACAGUAUAUAUUCAGAAAGUAUUUUUGCUUCAAUGUUUCCUUUCUAUAAUGCCGUGCUUUGGUAUUCCCAUAGCGCCCCACCUUCCCCAGCAGAUGGACAGUAUUCUGUCUCGAUGCUAAAUCUACAAUGUAAAAUGUGUGCAUUGUGUGGGUUUGAAACCAAAGGAUGAAUGAAGCAUUCAGAGACUUAAUAUUUGAAAAAGGGAGGCUCUGUUUUUAUAUUUUAUUACAGGUACUAAUAUUUAUAAAAAUGAAUUGUACCAUGCUGCUACAUGUUUUCAAGUACACAUUGAAUACUGAGGAUUGGAGAGUCGAUUUUUUAGUAGUAAUCUAAAGCAGCAGCUGUAGAAAUGUUGAAGUAAAAUUCUGCAUCGGGACGCACCUUCAUAAUUUGUCAUUUGCAGACUUUUUAAAAUCAUUGUUAAGUAAUGGGUACUUUUAGGCUCUGAAGAGCACGUAGACCAGAUUGAAGUUCGGUUUGGGUCAGUAUUCGUCGUCAGAGUUCAUCAGGAUGCUUUAACUACGUUCGGUAAACACAUGUCCAUUCGCAGCUUUUUUUCAGAUGCUAACUGGGCAGUGAAGUCCAACUGCAGGUCAGAUUUUCUCACGCUUAAUCUCAGGCUAAAUAAAUGUAAAGGAUAUCUGUAAAGUUCGAAUAAAAUUCUGUUGACUCAUUUCGAGUUAAGUAUGAAGAAAAGUGAUUGUAUGUUCAAAAAUUGACAUUGUUCAUUUUGUGAUAAAUGGCUGGUUCCAGGACCAGGAGCUUCCGUGGCCAUUUUUGAAUUCCGUGCGGUUACAUGUUACUGUGAAGUGCUUUGCUCUGUCAUUAUGAAAGAGGAACAGAGAGAGAAGAUAUUCAUAAAACUGUACAGAUACUAAGACUUCUAUUUCAUCUACCUUGAGUAAAGAAUUUAAUCGGAUAAAUUAAGCCUCGAUUUCACUUCCCAGAGAAAAAGGGAAAAAAAGGAAAAACCUCUAAAUAAGUAACUUCUACAAAUCAGUAAGAAAACAAGAACAAUGGGCAUAUAAUAUGAUCAAACAACUCUAAAAAAUAUAUAGAUGUCCAGUAACCACUUGAAAGAUAUUCUACUUGACCAGUAAUCCAAGAAAGAAAAAUAGGGUUUAGCUCUGGGUUUCACCUAAUAAUUUAAUAAUCUCCAUUAUUUAGGGGUGCCUGGGUAGCGCAGUCAUUAAGCAUCUGCCUUCGGCUCAGGGCGUGAUCCCGGCGUUCCGGGAUCGAGUCCCACAUCGGGCUCCUCCACUGGGAGCCUGCUUCUUCCUCUCCCACUCCCCUGCUGUGUUCCCUCUCUCACUGGGUGUCUCUCUGUCACGUAAAUAAGUAAAAUCUUUAAAAAAAAAUAAUAAUCUCCCUUAUUUAAAUAUAAUGAUAACAAUAAGGAUUUAGUGAGGGGCACUCCUACAUUCUGUUGGAGAAUAUAUCGAUGAAACCUUUCUGAAAAACAUUGGUAAUAGAGCCUUUACAAAGCUUGUAACUUCUGAACCAGUAGUAUCCUAGCAAACUAGCAUAGGGAAGUGAUUCAGCAGAAGAUAUACUACAAGGAUGUUCGUUUUCUCUAAUGAAAAAAUGGAAAGGCUCUAAAAAGUGGUUGCUAUGCCACAUGCUCUUGAUGGAAAAAUAUGCAGCCAUUAAAAAUCAUGGAAAGAAUGGCAACAGGAAAAAAUGAUACUACAUGAUAAAAAAGGAUAUAAAACUAUGGUCUAUUUUUGGAAAAUCUGCAAUGUUCUACAAUGUUAAUAUAGCUAUCACUAGGUGGUAAGAUAGGUAAUUUUCAUCUCCUUCAUACUUUCUCACAGUUUCUGCAUUAGCCUAUAUGCACUGAUCGGAGGGGAAAUACAGUGGAUCCAGGGUUUCAGCCAGCUAAAGAACCUCUCUCUAGCAAAAGCACCAAACUAGGUUGAGUUGUGUUUGCUCCUAGGAUCCUUGAAGAAGCAGUAGGAUGAUGAAGACAGAAGAGUGCCCGCCUCCUUUCCCAUGAUGACACCCUCCCCACCUCUAGGUCAUCAACAGCAAAUCAGCUACCAUUGGUGCCCUGGCCGUUAGCUUCCUCCAUCACACGCCACGCAGUUCUGUCCGGUGUUCAGAAACACAGAAUGUGUCAAGGGGAGCGGGGUAGAAACACAGAUUCCAACAUAGGCCACGUCGACUUCAGAAUUCUGUCUUCAGCCCCUUUGUUUUGUGGAUGCCAUAGCUGAGACUUGGACAGAUGGAGGGACUUGUUCUGAAGCCCACCUGUGAACACGAGUUGGGUCACACCCCAGUCUUCUGUCUCACCAACUAUCCCUGUCCAGUGUGUGUUGAUAAAAGCAUCACCCGAACUCUUUGGUUACAGGUGCACAUCAUUUUAUUGCACUUUACAGAUAAUGCAGGAUUUUUUGUCACAAAUUAAAGGUAUUUUAUUAUGGUGA